AUGUCUCGCCGCUACGACCAACGCGUGACGACCUUCAGCCCUGAGGGGCGACUCUAUCAGGUGGAGUACGCCUUGGAGGCGAUUUCGCACGCCGGCGCCUGCCUGGGGAUACUCUGCUCCGACGGAGUUGUGCUGGCAGCCGAGAGACGCAACCUGUCCAAACUCCUGGAUAAAAGAGGUCGCAUUACUCGAGCAUCGGAGAAGAUGUACGAAAUCGAUAACCACAUAGGCUGUGCGGUAGCGGGUAUCACAGCGGACGCAAACGCACUGAUCCAGAAAGCGCGUCUUUUCGCGCAGCGCUACCUAUAUACCUAUAACGAGCCGGUACCAGUUGAAUACCUGGUUCAACAAAUCGCCGACGCGAAACAAAGCUACACACAGUUUGGCGGAUUGCGACCCUACGGCGUUAGUUUUCUGUUCGCGGGCUGGGACAGACACCUCGGUUACCAGCUCUAUAACAGUGAUCCCAGCGGGAACUACGGUGGGUGGAAAGCAAUUGCGAUUGGUCAGCACCAUGCUGCUGCGAAUAGCAUGCUUCGACAAGAAUAUCCCGAGAACCCCGAGGCCAUGCCGACCAUGAAGGACGGUAUGCGGCUGGCAGCCAAGGUGUUCGCUAAGACCAUCGAUUUGUCUAUUCUCGAUGUGGAGAAACUUGAGUUCACCAGGGUGUGUCCUCUGGAUGCGUGCACGAACGCGAACAUUUUGUUUCACAAUGUAAGUGAUGAGGAGCUGAAAAGCGCGUUCGAGGAGGUGAAGCGAGAACUGGCGCAGGCGUCGGGCACGGAGAACACCUGA